AUGGAGUGGCUUCCAGCGUCUAUGAUUCAAGUUGUGUUGUUCAGAAAUGACUCUGGAGUAGGAUACGGCUCACCCCUAUCAGACUCCAGCCUGGACAAGCCCUGUGGAUCUGUACCUUCUGUGGUGCAACAUGUUGAGAUGCUCGAUGGCGUAGACACAGCUACAUCAACAAUGAACUGGACAGGAGGUCGUCUCCGACGUCACUCCGCCAUCCACGCGAGGAGCAGAAAGCAAAGGUUGAAGAAGCAGACGAGUAAGACUGGCGUGGCGGGGGAAUCUGCGCUUCUGGACCGACCGGCGGUCCUUGCUGGGCGGUCGCCGGUACAGCUGAUGAGCAGAUUGCACAAGCGCAGCAGGGAAGUCUCUCCAGCCCCCGCCAUUGAGAGCCACCACAGAUCCUCCAUCAAUAAGGCAGACUCGCAACCCCGCCAGCGUCUGGACCGCAUCCGGCGCGAGCUCCUGAAAAAGCCCGAUUGGGCCGCCGUUGCCGCAGCACGACCAAUCCAGAUCGCAUUCCCCACUCCAGAAUCGCUGGCAAGGUUUGGGAAGCGGAGGAAGAUAACAGAGGGUGAUCGACUGAGACUGGGCACCUCUGGUUCAUGCUCAACCCGUGUGACACGGCAGAGAAAACGCGAGGGCUCUCCCAUCGAGGCGGUGGACUUCUCUCAGAUCAACCUGAAGAUCAACGGCAAGCGGGUGGUGAAGAGAGGCACGAGCUCGGUGCACGAUCAGCCAACCAAUGCGUCCAGUCAGUCUAUGCUUCUGGACCGCGACCGGUCAGUGUCCACGAAUCAUCACAGAUUUGUGGAUUCACAUCGGAGUUUCGAUGACAGUGAUGUCUUUCAGGACAGCUCGCUUCUGCUCGAGAAUAGCAAGCCGUCCAUGUCGCUUCAAUUAUCAACUCCGCAUUUUGACUCGUUCUCCCAGGCAGCAAGCGUCAUAUCCAGUAGAGUGAAGCGGGACCUGUUACAACCGGACGAUAUGCAACAAUACUCAAGUGGUCUAGAUUCUCGGAGAGCAGGCAGUAUUAUAUCAAACAGAAGACGGAAGCAAGAUUUCCAGCUGAAGAGUACGCCAGAUUUCUCCAGUAGGUCUACGAGCCUUGGCCAGGAAUUACUUGUUCCGCGACGAUUCACUAUUGAUGACCAGAUUGAAGCUGAAAGAAAGGGGAGACUGGCAUUACCCUUGACUCACAGACCUAGUACGCCUCAGGACGAGACCGAAAAUGGAUCCAGCACCAGAGCCUACUCACUGCUGUCACUCGGGCCGGAGAGCUGCAGUUUUGGGCGUGCGUCAGCGGUUGUUCCGAACCUGGACGAAUCUGCCUGGCUUCCAGAGCCACAACGACCUGGGCAUGGGACACAUCGAACAAGUUCGACCGUCUUCACACCACAAACAAAACCUACUACCUCUGCAAGAGGUAGACACGACACACCAUUGACGCUAUUUGGACAGACUGUGACGCUGGAUCAAGUGGUUCAGCACAGACCUGGGCAAGCUCCAAUAUGCGGCUCAGUAAAUUUGGCUGAAGGAAUCGCUUAUCGUUCGCCUAAUGCCGUCAUGUCAAAAAGCUAUCUGGCACCGGAGGUCACUAGAAGCUCCACCCAUCUCAACUUCACUAAUGUCAGAUCAGACCCCCAUUUUGUUGUAGACAGUACACAGUCAACCCUACCAUGGAGAGCGACCGCACCAUCUCGACACAGACAACCAAUCCAUACAACCGGUUCUAUCCUUUGA